UAGUUGAAUUCUUUUCGCGAACGGUCCAACAAUAAAAUAAUAGAAAUUAGGACAAAACAACGCACAAAAAAAAUGCAAAUGCAAACAUACAAAUUGGUUGUUGUUGGCGGUGGUGGCGUUGGCAAAUCCGCAAUAACGAUACAAUUCAUACAGAGCUAUUUCGUCACAGACUAUGAUCCCACCAUCGAGGAUUCGUAUACCAAACAAUGUGUCAUAGACGAUGUGCCAGCCAAAUUGGAUAUACUGGAUACGGCUGGCCAGGAGGAGUUCAGCGCUAUGCGGGAGCAAUAUAUGCGCUCAGGCGAGGGAUUUUUAUUGGUCUUCUCGCUGAACGAUCAUUCCAGUUUCGAUGAAAUCACAAAGUUUCAACGGCAAAUAUUGCGUGUGAAGGAUCGCGAUGAGUUCCCCAUGCUGAUGGUGGGCAACAAGUGCGAUUUGGAGCAUCAGCGUCAGGUGUCGCUGGAGGAGGCACAAAAUACGAGCAGAAAUCUCCUGAUACCCUAUAUUGAGUGCAGUGCCAAGCUGCGUGUCAAUGUCGAUCAGGCGUUCCACGAACUGGUGCGUAUUGUCCGCAAAUUUCAAAUAGCCGAGCGGCCCUAUUUCGAGGAGGGCUACAAGAAGAAAGGCAAGAGGAAGUGUUGCCUAAUGUAAGCAACAGUUGCGAAUCUCCAACAACACCAACAACAUCAACAUCAACAAAAAAAUCAACGACAACAAGAACAAGAAUAACAACAUGAAUGUAACGAGUAUAACACCAAAUUUUAAAUUAAUUUAUCGAGCGUCGACUGAGCUAUAUAUAAAUAUAUAUAUAUAUAUGCAUACAUAUGUAGUUUCCUCCGAUUAACCAGUAAUCAGACCCAGAUACCCGAUAAAACGAAGUGCAUUUUAUAUACCCGGCUGCCCGUCUGCCUGUCUGCCCAGUGGCGUAUGUCAACGUAUCAAAUUUAAUAUAAUCUCGCGUCACUUAACUAUACUAAAACAACAUACUAAGAACAGAACAAAUGAAAUCAAAAUUAUCAACGCAACAGAAAAUGUCCUUGCGUCCACAUCCAGACAGCAAAAAUUCACACACACAAACAUAAAUACAUUUAUAAAUACAUAUAUACACAUUUAUAUAU